AUGUCCAAAAGGAUGAAGGUUGAUAUACAUAAUCAUAUUUUACCAAAGGAAUGGCCUGAUUUGAAGAAGAGGUACGGCUAUGAUGGCUUCGUCCAGCUUCACCAUCACUGCAAGGGUGAAGCGAAGAUGAUGAAGGACGGUAAGCUGUUUCGUGUGAUUCAAGAAAAUUGCUGGGAUGCAAGCGCGCGGAUACGAGACAUGGAUCGAUAUGGUGUCACAGUUCAAGCCCUUUCCACUGUCCCUGUGAUGUUCAGCUACUGGGCCAAACCGCAUGACACCCUGGAUCUAUGUGUCCUUUUGAAUGACGAUUUGGCGCAGACGGUGUGCAGCCACCCCAAAAGAUUCGUGGGCCUGGGAACGCUGCCCAUGCAAGCCCCCGACCUGGCCGUGCUGGAAAUGCGGCGUUGCGUAAGGGAACUGGGUUUCCCGGGGGUGCAGAUUGGCUCACAUAUAAACAACUGGGACCUCAGUGCAGCUGACCUUUAUCCCUUCUAUGCUGAAGCUGAAGAGCUGAAUUGCUCCAUUUUUGUACACCCCUGGGACAUGCAGACGGAUGGGAGGAUGGCUAAGUAUUGGCUGCCCUGGCUGGUGGGCAUGCCAACAGAGACGACAAUGGCUAUUUGCUCAAUGAUUUUUGGAGGUGUCUUGGAGAGAUUUCCAAAAUUGAAGGUCUGCUUUGCUCACGGAGGAGGCUCCUUCCCCUUCACCGUUGGUAGAAUUGAACACGGGCACAAAGUUCGGCCUGACUUGUGCGCUGUAGACAACGAGUCCAAUCCCCGCAAAUACCUCGGUUCUUUUUACACUGACUCCCUCGUUCAUGAUCCUGUUUCCCUGAAGCUACUGACUGAUGUUAUUGGAAAAGAUAAAGUGAUGCUUGGAACGGAUUACCCAUUCCCACUGGGCGAGCUCCAACCCGGAUCUCUCAUUGAGUCAAUGGAAGAAUUUGACGAAACACUAAAGGAUAAGCUGUUGGCUGGAAAUGCACUGGAAUUUCUGGGCCUCAAAAAAGUACAAUUUGACUAA